AUGGCGAUACGAAGGCUGUUCUUUGCACAUCAUUUGUUCAUCCUAACACACUUCAUCAGUGCCCAGUCUGAAAUCACCAUUAAGAAUGAGAAAACAGUCUAUGCUUUGCCUGGUGACGAUGUGACUCUAACCUGCAGCAUCCUGAAAGGAAAGGGAAUCCAUAUAACGCAAACUCAGUGGUCAAAGGUUGUCGAUGGUCCAUCAAGAAGGCUGGCUGUUUAUAACCCUCGGUAUGGUAUAAAAUAUCCUGAAAUGGCUUACAACUAUUCUGUAAGCUUCAGGGAUGGCCCCCACAAUUGCCUGGGAGACUUCAACCAGCCCUCCAAUCACAGUGAUUCUACUGCAAACUAUAAGGAAUGUAAGCAGUGGAUUCUGCAGCUGAGGAGUGUUAGUCUGGAACAGUCUGGCUUAUAUGAGUGCAGCUUCACUGCAUUUCCAACUGGAACAAGCAGCUCAGAAAUCAAUCUUGUUGUUAAGAAGAGUGAUGACAAGAGUUCUGUGGUAGAAGCAUUACUAAACCAGAAACUGGAAAUCCCAUGCUUUAAAGGUGUGCCUCUUGUAAAUGCUGCUUUGAAAUGGCUUGUGCAGAAAGAAAAUGGAAAUGAAGAAAUACUUAUAAGUAAACAGCCCUACUACCUUCAUGGGUAUAGAAUCAAUCCCACAAAAGACAGCAAAAGAAUCUGGAUGAAUUCAGACAACAUGUUAAUUAUUUCACCUGUAUCAAUUGUUGAUGAUGGCAAGAAGUUUGUCUGCUCUGUUGUCUACCACUCUGGGAGAAUCCAGAAGAGCACCACUGAAGUCAAAGUAUUUGUGAAACCUGAAAUUUCUGUUGCUUUCCUCGCAAGUUUCCAAGGAGAGGCUAAUUUUACUUGUGUGAUAAGGAAGGCGUUUGCAAAGCCAAACCUUCUGUGGUUCGUGGAUGGAAAGAUUCUGAAGGACAACUAUGAAGGAAUAUUCAUUGCAAAUGAAGAUACAGAAUUUGCAGGAGGUUUUUAUGAGAUGAGAUCACUGUUGACAAUACAGAGUACAACUCAGCCAUCCACUCCUCAGGCUCUCAAAUGCAUGACUGUCUAUCCUUUCCCUGGAAAUGAAACCCGGAAUAUUUCAUCUGAAGAAAUCGUUCUUUCUGAUGCUGGGUAUCCAACAACAUCUUUGAUAUUCUCUGAAUUCAUUAGUCAAGUUGCUACAGUUUCGGAUUUCCCCACAGAAAAACUGAAGGAGUCUACUACCCCCAAAACCUCCAUCCAUGUAACCCACCUCUAUGAGAGCACAACAACACCACAUCGAAAUCUAUCCACCAAAAGAGAGGCUGAACUAUCCACCCUGACUAGUCGCGAUAAUUCACCUACUACAAAGGGCUGGUUUAAUACUACCGGACCGGGAAAUCUAUCCACCAAAAGAGAGGCUGAACUAACAACAUGGACUAGUCGUGAUAAUUCACCUACUAGAAAGGGCUGGUUUAAUACUACCGGACCUGGUACAGCAAUGAAUCCAAAACAUAUGCACUUCCCUUGGCCUGCCAUUGUAGCGGCCCUGCUUCUCUUUUGCACAAUCUUAAUCAUUUUGGGAGUCAGAAAAUGGCGUCAUUAUCAAAAGGAAAUCAUGAACAGACCACCGUCGUUCAAGCCGCCUCCACCUCCAAUUAAAUACACCUCUAUGCAAGGAUCUGAUAGAAUUUACCCAUCUUGCAGUGAACUGGAAAAUCUGUAAUGGGCCGGA